AUGUUCCUAUCGCAGACGGCGGAUGUGGUGACGGACGCAGAACUCGCCGAUUUCUUUUCGAAUGCUGCCACGUCAGACUUGGUGGAUGAACAGACUACAGAACUACAGCGCCGACUACACGCGGCUCUUCUCGAGUGGGUGCCGAGUGAAGUUAAGAAUGACGGACUUUUGCAAGAGCAGAAAGCGUUUGUGGUGAUUAAAAGGCUGUUCAGACAGCAGCGAACCAAAACUGCUGUCCAAUGCCGCGUUCUCGCCGCAUUAUUAACGUCGUAUUUGACACAACUGGAGACGCCAUUGGUGCAUUGCGAAGCGAGUAGUAUGCUGUCUUCGACCUUGGAAUAUUUGUUAACAAAGGAGAGAGAUGCAGCGAGUCAAGAGUCCAUCCCUCUAUCAAUGUUGUACCCGCUGGUGAAUGCAGUGGACUUGGUCGGCAUCGAACAACGUGAAUGUCUCGACGCACUCAUGAACGUCUUCCGAUGGUUUUCCAUGCACGACCAAUCUCAAAAGACAACAAGGAUGAGCUUGGUAUUUGCUUCGUGCAGAUGUUGCAGCGCUACUCGGACCACAUUUUCCGACGAGAUCUUCAGUGAUGCGUCGUGUAGUUUGAAGAUUUGA